GAGGCUGGACUGCACAGCUGUCAGAAGACGAGAGAGGGGCCACAGGUGUGUCAAAGAUGAACUGGUUUGUAGUAGCUGCACUUGCUCUGUGCGUAAUUGCGCCUGGCACCGACUGUGCCGACGACUCCAUCGCCUGGUGUUAUCAUCUGCCAACCUGCAAUGAUACCACAUGGCCAAGAAUUGCUGCUCCGUUCUGCAACGGCACCAGACAGUCGCCCAUUAACAUCGUCACAGCAAACGCUGCAGGAGACGCCAGUUUGGGCAGUUUCACCUUUGUAAACUAUGACAACACCGCUAUCAUGAACAAGAUGGAGAACACCGGCAAAACAGUCAAAGUGAGUCUCAACAGUGGUGCCAAAGUUUCAGGAGGAAACCUGUCUGAGGCCUAUGACAGCCUGCAGUUCCACUUGCACUGGGGUAAUGGCUCCACUGUCCCCGGCUCCGAGCACACUGUGGAUGGAACUCAGUAUGCCAUGGAGCUGCACAUCGUAAACAGCAAGGAAAGCUUGAAUGGCAACACAACUCUAGCAGUUGCAGACCCCUCAGGACUUGCUGCUCUCGGUUUCUUCAUUGAGGCACUGUCAGAUGGUUCAACCGGCCAACCUGCAAGCUGGCGCAAUUUGGUUGCCUACCUGGAGAACAUCACAACCCAAAACCAGACCGUUAGUAUUACACCUGGGAUUUCCCUGAACGACCUCCUGUUUGGGGUGGAUCGCACCAGGUACUGGCGCUACCAUGGCUCCCUGACCACCCCCAGUUGUAAUGAGGCUGUGGUUUGGACUGUGUUCAAGGACACUAUCAAAAUCAGCACAGAUCUGAUUGAUCGCUUUGCAACUUUGCGCAUCGGCAACAGCAUGUCAGAACACAUGGUCAACGUUUUCAGAAACGUCCAGCCAGCGCUACCGGUGUCAACGCAGGUAUCCACCACCAGCGGCACCUCCAAAACCUGCUACUCUCUCGGUCUGAUGGCCCUCAGCGUUGUCCUGGGGAGAAGCUAGAACCAAACCCUGUACCCUCCCUUAUGGUUCCCUGACUUGUCCAAAAUGUUAAUACUUAAAAUAUGCACUGACUCUUUAUUAGUGCCUAUAGGUCAGAAUGUGUGUUGCAGCACACAAUAAGUCUUUUCACCUCGAAACCAAACGGAGCCAUAGUAUCACAAGAACUCUGCUUUCCAGUGUAGCUUUAUAUGUGAACAAUAUUAUCAUUGAAAGGUUGACGGGUAUGAAGUAUGGUGAUGGCUGCCUCUGCUGUAAUGUCCCUGAUAUCUUCUCAGGGUUGUGAUUACCUGCAACUUGUGUCUGUUUUGAGCUGCUGAGACAUGCAUGCACCUGCGCUAUGUUUACUGGGUAGUAAUGGUAGUUCUGGCAACAAUAAGAACAUGACAGUAUUUGUUGCAUUUUAAUCUGCAUUGAUGUUUGCUUUGUGUCUGUCAAGUUACAAAAAAACAUGCUGAAUUUUUUUUUGUUUUCUUUUUGUACCUCAGUUUUUAUUGCCUUUUUAAUUUUUGUAACCUCACUCGCUUUUGUUUUAUCUUAAUCAGUGCAGAUGUUGCAGUAGAAAUGCAUUAUUGUCACACAUGAAAUGAAGUUGUGUUUUACUUGGUGUAAUGAAGGAUCUUUUUAAUCUAUUGAACACCAUUAUUUAUCGAAAUGAUGUACACUGCAUUUAUACCUUCAUGCGGUAUUGCAGUACUUGUACACAUAGCCACUGUGACCUCUUGAUCUUAUCAAAUGCUGAAUAAAAUUGUUUUGUCAAUC